UGCGAAGCCCAGGAGGGUUGGGCAAUUGUGGUUUCCUCUGAGUCCGAGGACCCAGGUCGCUGGCCCUGCUCAGGGUGUCUUGGGGCUCCGUGUGCUCGGGCAUGGAAGACACCGUCGUGCGGCCCUCGGUGUUCGUGGUGGAUGGACAGACUGACAUCCCAUUCCGGAAGCUGGGGAGAAGCCCCCAGAAACAACCCUGCAGUGCAGCCCGGGUGGGCCUGGGUCUCCUGCUUCUGCUGCUGGGGGCCGGGCUGGCUAUCCAAGGCUGGUUCCUUCUGCAGCUGCACUGGCGCCUGGAGGAGAUGGUCACCCACCUGCCGAGCAGCGACGCAGGCUCCUGGGAACAGAUGGUGCAAGAGCAGAGACCCCAUCAGACCAAUCCAGCAGCACACCUCACAGGAGCCAACUCCAGCUUGACGAGCCGUGGAGGACCGCUGCUGUGGGAGACACGGCUGGGCCUGGCCUUCCUGAGGGGACUCACCUACCACAAUGGGGCCCUGGUGACCUCCCAGGCUGGUUACUAUUACAUCUACUCGAAGGUGCAACUGGGUGGCGUGGACUGCCCAGAGAGGCUGGCCAGCGGCAUGCCUGUCACCCAUGGCCUAUACAAGCGUACGCCCCGCUACCCCGAGGAAUUGGAGUUGCUGGUCAGCCGGCGGUCACCCUGUGGGCGGGCAACCAGCUCCCGCGUCUGGUGGGACAGCAGCUUCCUGGGUGGCGUGGUGCAUUUGGAGGCCGGAGAGGAGGUGGUCGUCCGUGUGCCGAACCAACGUCUGGUCCAGCUCCGGGAUGGCACCCGAUCCUACUUCGGAGCUUUCAUGGUGUGAAGGAAGGCGUAAUGGUGGAUCAAAUGGGGGUCUGACAAGCAGAGACGUCACGAGACACAAAGCCCAGCAAGCAGAGGAUCUUGGGGGGAGACCUCAGGGAACCCACAACUCAGCAGCCGGAAGUUUCAGCAGACACCAUCAGGAGUCAAGGACUCAGAUACUCCAAGAGGUUAAAGACCCACCAGGUACCUCUGAAGGAUCCUUGUAGACCUGACCAUGCCACAGACAAUGCUAAAGACAAUGACAAAGAGACUUUGACCCCAGGGUGGGGUAAAAUUAAUUUGCCUGAUAUUCAGGAAGAGGGGUAAGGGGAGGGUAUUUAUAUUUUUGAUUCAGAAGAAAAUGGGACCUAGGAUUCCAAGGACUUAGCUGGGGACAGGAAACAUCAUCAACUUCCCCACUUUCAUGAACGUGGGCAGAGAUUUAUCAGCACUCACAUGCAAAAAGCCCAGCCCAGUCCUGCCAACAAUCAUGUCACAGACUCGAGGUCCACCCACGAAAUCGUGACCACACUUCAGCCUGGUCAUGAAAAGUUACACCAAGAGACACGGGCACAGCAAUGCAUUGCUAAACAUUUAACAAGCAGCUCUCCUGGGAGGCGGAGGCCUUGUAGUGUUUACCAAUUCCCAUGGUGUAAAUACUCCCUCCAAAGCUGAUUUCCAGCUACCAAGAUAUCGUUGGACAGCUGACUGUUUCCUGUCACUGCUAAGUGAACUCAUCCCACUAGGAUGCCAUUGCUUGGUUCUCGGCACCUGGCCCAAGGCCAGACAGAUGGCAGAUCCUCAGGAAAUGCCUUCUGAUUUUAUGAAAGGAAGGAGGAAAUAAUGACCACACAGGCACACCUGUGAUAGUUCCACACAGCAGAGAAUCUAAGUCGUGGCUCCCCAAUCCCACUCACUCUUUCUUAACUACGGACUCAUGCACACAGUGUCAGAUUUACACGGAACUGCUCAGUCACUCUUAAAUCAUAGCAUUGUAGUCAUCGCUACUGCUUGACAAUUACAUAUAACACAAUUAUGCAAAGCUCACAGCCAGCCUCGUAACUACACAUUCACCCCCAUGGGUGUUAUUUGGUAAUGCUCAUACCAGAUGCACAUAGGCCACAUCAUGGUCAUACCUGGUUACACACACACACACACACACACACACACACAGUCUGAAGAUCCUCCCCAGCCAAGACUAACACAUCUUGGAGUUAUGACUGAACUUUGUUCACAGCCUU